GUAAAAUACUAAUUCAUGUUUUAAUUCACAGAAUAGUUAAAUUUGUAAUAGUGAUUUUAGAGUUACACAACACCGAGGAACAAGCGGAAGUAAAGUAUCGUUAAUUCUUGUUCCUCACCGGACUGUUUAUAUCGACGGAUUGUUUUGUUUCCGUUGUUCAACACGGCGGUAGUUCUAACUUUAAUAGAAUAUUUGUUGUAUUUUAUUUGAAUGUUUUAUGUUUAAUUCACAUUAAAAAUGUAAAGUCAAGCUUCGUUGACGAUGACAUGGCAGAUAAAGAGCUUGCUACGUUCAGGGAGCGUUGGAAACAAGAGUUAAGCCAUAAAAAAGAGCAGCACUUCCACGGUCGCGCUCCUUCCACCUCCUCCUCCUCUGGCGAUGUUCCUCACGAGUCAAGCCGCGGAGAUGCUCCAAAGAACCAACAUCUCACUUGUUCCGAGGACAACGCCGUUUCUGGCAGAAAGGAACUCGGGGAGGUGGCAGACACGGAGGACCAGCCCGAAUAUGUGUCCAUCGCUCGCAGUUUGCUGGAUGGGAGAACCAGCCCUCUGCUGGAGAGGAUCCAGGAGGAGAGAACCAGGAGGAAGAGGCAGUAUCACAACAUGACCGAUGCAUGCCGCGCGUCUCUGCAGCAGGAGAAGCAGCCGAAAGGGAGGCGGGAAGAGGAGCUGGUGGAACAACUCAUUGAGGAUUUGAAUGAAGUCAAUGAUAUUCCCUUCUUUGACGUCGAGCUUCCAUACGAGUUAGCCUUGAAGAUUUUCCAAUACCUCACCUGUGCUGAGCUUGGCAGGUGUGCCCAGGUGAGCCGGGCGUGGAGAGUCCUGGCUGAGGACGGGGUCCUGUGGUUCAGGAUGUGCACCAGGGAAGGAUACCAUCCGCAUGCCAGCGUGUCCGACUCCCCGUGCUGGAAGAGCACCCUGCGCGACUGCAGGAGCUCUGCCAAAGCCGUGCGCUCCAACUGGAAGAACCGAGUGGGAUCCAUCAGCCAGCUGCAGUUCGAGUUGGGGAAGGUGUUGUGUGACGUCAGCUCCUGUGACAAUUACGUCCUGGCUGGCUACACGUCAGGUGAUGUGAGGUUGUGGGACACGCUGCACUGGGACGCCACCUCCUCCUUCCUGAAGGCCAACAGCCUGUCGGCGCACACCAGCCCUCGGCCGCACGUCAGCCACGUCCAGGUGAACGCCACGGUGGCCGCUGCUGCGUACCAGGAUGGCUGUAUAGACCUGUGGAGCACUGAGACCGGAGGAGAACCGAUCCACCACUACCAGCUCCCAGGGAGCAUCCAGGCGCUGGCUCUGAGCCCGGACACCCCCGUCCUGGUCUCUGCCGCCGAUUCAGACGUUCGACUGGACGGCGCCAACGACUGUGGCUACUGGAGGACGCUCUGCCACGCUCAGCUGCCCAAACCUGUGCAGACCGUGGUUGUAGUCCCCGGCCGGGUGGGUGAACAUCCGGUGGUGGCUAUAGCAGCGGGGGAGUCUGUGCACCUGUUGAUACCUGGAGAGGAGGAGGAGCUACAGCUGCUCCACUCGGUCUACGGUCAUCCUGUGACCUGCCUGGACGCGUCCGACUCCCUCAUCGCUUUUGGGGUGAAGCGUGCAGGCUGGGCCAUGCAUGACGGGGGCAACAAGAUCCACGUCUACACCCUCGAGACGAGCAAACCAGCGGUUUGUGUCGGCGGCUCGCCAGGAGAUUUCACCUGCAUCAACCUGAGAGACAGCCCCCCCCAUCUGCUGGUGUGUGGAAACAAAGACAGGCGGGUGAGAGUGUUCGACCUCCGGACCGGCUCCUCCGUGCUCUCCCUGUACGCCCACCACCUCGGCGUCACAUCAGUGCAGGCGGACGACUGGAAGGUGGUGAGCGGCGGCGGCGAAGGGCUGGUGUGUGUUUGGGAGAUGAGGAUGGGAGCGAAGCUGUGGGAGAUGCACAACAGACAUCCCGUCAGGCACGUGCGCUUCAGCAGCAGCACGCUCCUAACCGCCAACAUCCCGGACGACAAGUCGCCGCGGGGCGCCUGCAUCACGGACGACGACCUCACCGCCCACCGCAGGCACCGAGGCAUCAUCUGUCACUACGACUUCUCUGAAGACGCUCUGUCCCCGGAUCACGUCCUUCCCAUCUGCAGGUCCGACUACGUCGACUCGUACGGCUACAACUACAACAUCGGCCUGGCGGUUCCGUACGACCGUCUGUCCGGAUCUCAUCCGUCGCUCUGACCGGAACAUCUUCACCUCCGUUCUCAAGUCCUUUAGAAACAUUCAUGCUUGUGCUUCUAAAUGUGUCACAUUUUAGUCAUACGAUGACCGUAUGAUCAGGAUUUUAACAUGUAAAGAAUGUUUUCUCAUUUAUUUUGAUAAUUCAUAGAUUUUUAUUACUUUAGAGAUCAAAAGAGCUGAUUUCAUGUGGAAUUUACCAAAAAUAAAACAGCGUUCUUGAAUGAUCCACUUCUUCAAAUCUCUUCUUGAUUGUUUAUUUCUACAUUUGUGUUAUGAAAUUGUGCAGUUAAACUGAUAAAAAAAUAUUAUCCAACAAUUAUAAAACGCAGUUGCUGAUUCAGAGUUU